AUGGCGGCGAGCAGGAGGCUGCACAAGGUACAUUUCCUGAUCAAUCCAAUUAGGAUUUUCUCUUGUUAGAUUAAAGAAAGUAAAACAUUCGGACUCCCAAAUGUUAGAUACAAUUAAAUAUGUCGUUAAAUUUGUUUCAUUUAGCCCCACACUGUCAGAAACCUCAUGAAACUCGGUAGGCAGAAAAUGACGUUAGUAUGCUAAGCUAACCAGCUAGCAGUUGUUUUUUGGUCGUGUUAGCGCCGGCAUAUUAAUAGGCUAGAUUCGAAUUAAACGUUUUGUUAAUCUAAAUGUAUUAACAGGGUUAACCAUGUGUUAUCAUAAAUUAAGAUUCAAUUCAGUAUUGUGUCAUCAGUUGGGUGGUAAUCGCGCUUCAACAUUUUUGAACAUCGUCUCAGAAAAACUUUAACUAGCUACGUACUGUGUAGCUAGCUUAAUACUAAUUUAGCAGGGAGUUAAUUGUGCUAGCUAGUUACGCACAACAGUUACCUAGGUCGCUAGCAGUGUGGUUCAAUGAGCUAGUUAGCAACUCGGGUUAACGUUAGUGUUAGCUAGCAAGUUUAUUUUCUCAACGUGAAACCGAGGCGAGGAAGCUGACCAGCUAACGUUAACCCGAUGUAUAUACAAUCUAGCUAACGUUAUGAGGUACUGUAGCUACCGGUAACCAGAGUUGGUUUCUUAGCUUUGAAUUGUUUUGAAUAGUCGAGUGAAUCGAAAGUGAAAUUGUAGAAAUUGAGUAUCUGCGGCUGCCAAGUAAGCUAGCAAACUAACUUAGUUAGUUGAAUUUAAUUCAUUCGAUCUCAAUAAGCCAGCUAACUAAUUGACCAACACCGGGUUUAAACAAUCCUCAUGUUCUCAACACUGGGUGUCAACAACCCUGCCUUAUCAUAAUUGGCAGUUGGGUUUAAUUUGUGUUAAUAUAGCUAUAGGGAGGUAGGUAGUUAGCAGUAUCGAUGGACCUUGCUUCUUGUUUAUCGAUUAAUCUUGUUUAUUUGUGCCACGAAUUGUUAUUUAUUAGAAAGUUGUUGCAUAUAUUUUAACACCCUUUCUUUGCUCAAAACAACCAUAUGCAUUUCUCUUUUCCCUUGCAUUUGUCAGCCACCAUUUGACCCUGCCUGCCUAGGAUAAUCAUUUCUAGUAAACACAGUCCCCAUCAAGUCAACAAGAAUAAAGACAAUGUCUUGAACUCCACACAUCUUCGUUUGACAAAGUCGCUUGCAUUGUAAUCCUGUAGCAGAUGUCUUAUCCAGAGCAACAUAGAAUAAGGCUACAUUCAAGCGCUGAUUUGAUAAGAAAUGAAACCAGGAAGCUGUGUGCCCAUGUUUUAUUCUUAUGGGUGUGUUAACUGUAAGGUCCUUGUCACUAUAACAAAACCCCAAAUCUCAUGAUUUGUAGAAAGAUUACCAGCCCUGUGAUUUGAGUCAGUCCUCUGGUUUGGCAGAAAGCAGUGUUCUGUUGUGAGAUCAGUGAGAAUGCACUGGAGCACUUCCUGGUUGAGAAGGGGUGUGGCUGCUUGGUUCCAGGGUUGAGACUCAGACAGUUGAUACAUUAACAUAUAGGUUAAUCCCUAGUACCUGUAGUCAUCCAGUCUUUUAUUUGUAUUUUUUUUCCCCACAGUGAAAUGUGCAAUGAAAUGGGUUGUUUUACAGGGUCUGCAAUAGUAGUACAGCGCCCCUGGAGCAAAUUAGGGUUAAGUGCCUUGCUCAAGAGUACAUAGAUAGAUCUUGUACCUUGUCGGCUCUGGUAUUCGAACCAGCGACCUUUUGGUUACUGGCCCAACGCUCUAACCGCUAGGCUACCUUCCACCCCGUGUGUCUAGUUCUGUAUUUUGCCCCGUGUGUUUACUUGUGUCUGUAGUCAUUCGAUUGUUUUUGGCCUAUAGGACACAGCUUGUUUAAUGGUUACUAGGACUCAGCUUGUUUAAUGGUUACUAGGACUCAGCCAACACAGGAACAUGUUUUAUCAGUCCUUUAUCUCUUGUUAGAUAUAAACAUUUCUGCUUCCUGUAAUGGUUAUGUUUAUGAUGAACUAACAUUAACUAAUUGUACAGGAGAACUUGCUCAUUAUGUAUUCACCCUCUUUUUCAGGAACUUGAUGAAAUCCGGAAGUCUGGAAUGAAAAAUUUCCGUAACAUUCAAGUGGAUGAAUCAAAUAUUUUGACUUGGCAAGGCCUCAUUGUUCCAGUAAGUCAAUAUUAACUACUGUUGUCUCCGGACAGACAUGAACAUGAGCAGAAUAACAAGGAGGACCAAGGCACUCUCCUCGAUAUUGCAAUUUCUUUGUUGCUGUGGCAUGUUCAGUAGGACAUCAGCUCACCUUUUAACCAAACGUCAUUGUCUCUCUCCCCUCUAAAAGGACAACCCUCCAUACGAUAAAGGUGCUUUCAGAAUCGAGAUCAUCUUCCCAGCGGAGUACCCCUUCAAGCCCCCCAAGAUCACGUUCAAGACCAAGAUCUACCACCCCAACAUCGACGAGAAGGGACAGGUGUGUCUGCCUGUGAUCAGCGCAGAGAACUGGAAACCAGCCACUAAAACUGACCAAGGUAUGGCGGAAAGACGCAUGCACACUCAGACAGACAAAGGCAAUAGACAGUGGUUUCUUCUCUGACAUAUCUUUUUAAGUAAUAGUUACUAUUGCAGUUUUUUGUAAUUUCUCAUUGAAAUGCUGCCUGAACACUAACCCUCUAGCAGUCUCCUCUACCUCAGAGGCUCCUACUUGGCUGGAGAGGUUUCCAUCCUGCGACCUCUACCUAGUUAUGGAUUUCAAUGUGUCUUUUCCAUCUGGACUACCUGAUGUCAUCCUCCAUUUUUACAUCAUUCUUACAGUCUCCUCUUUUGUUCUGUUUGUCUCCCUGCAGUGAUCCAGUCCCUGAUUGCGCUGGUCAACGACCCCCAGCCAGAGCAUCCUCUCAGGGCAGACCUAGCAGAGGAAUACUCUAAGGACCGUAAAAAAUUCUUUAAGAACGCAGAAGAGUUUACAAAGAAACAUGGAGAAAAACGACCUGUGGACUGA